AUGGAGAGUAACACUGACCUGGAGGGUAACACUGACUGGAGGAGUAACACUGACCUGGAGGGUAACACUGACCUGGUGGGUAACACUGACCUUGAGGGUAACACUGACCUGGAGGGUAACACUGACCUGGAGAGUAACACUGACCUGGAGGGUAACACUGACCUGGAGGGUAACACUGAGCUGGAGGGUAACACUGACUGGAGGGUAACACUGACCUGGAGAGUAACACUGAACCUGGAGGGUAACACUGACCUGGAGGUAAACACUGACCUGGAGGGUAACACUGACCUGGAGGGAAGACUAAUUCAUCUGCCAUUGACAGAAGUUUCAAGCAAUGCCUUCAGGGGACUGAUCAACGUGUCCAGAAUUGAGAUCUCUCAGAGUGACUGCAUCAGGAACAAAAAACCAUGCAUUCCUCUCCUCCACAGCCUGGCUGAGAUACAGAUACAGAACAUCAGAAAUCUGAUCAGUAUAGAGAAGGGGGCCUUCACUGAUCUGCCCAGGCUGAGAUACCUGAGUAUCUGUAACACAGGAAUAAUACAUUUUCCUGACUUCUCCACCAUGUCCUCUUUGGUGAUACUGGAUAACUUCUUCCUUGAGCUGGGAGAUAACAUGCAUCUCGACAGCAUACCUGCCAAUGCCUUUCAAGGUAUCACAGAGGAGAGUGUGUACAUGAAAAUUAUAAAAAAUGGAUUCAAGGAAAUCAUGUCACAUGCUUUCAACGGAACAAAUCUGGAUAAACUGAUUCUGAAAGGCAACAGGUAUCUGAGGAACAUCCAUGAAGAUGCCUUUGAGGGGGCCUCAGGGCCAACUAUGCUUGACGUCUCCUCCACAGCUCUCCACACACUCCCCCGUCGAGGCUUGGGACAUUUGAAGGUCCUGAUUGCCCGUUCUACCCCUUACCUGAAGACUCUACCCCCUCUGGAAAGCCUCCUAGAGCUAGAGGUGGCAGAGGUCACUUACCCCAGCCACUGCUGUGCCUUCCACACCUGGCGACGCAAACACAGUGCACCCCGAGCCGGAUUCCUCCCCUGUGAGGACCUGCUGGGGUACUCCUUCCUCCGCGUAGUCACCUGGCUCAUCACUGUGUUCGCUGUGGCCGGGAACAUGACCGUGCUGAUUGUACUGAUCACCAGUCACCAGAAGCUUAAUGUCUCCCAGUUCCUGAUGUGUAACCUGGCCUUCGCAGARCUCUGUAUGGGGCUCUACCUCCUCCUCAUUGCAGCCAUGGACUACCACUCCCGCAAGUACUAUAACCACGCUACGGACUGGCAGACGGGCGGAGGCUGUGGCGUGGCGGGGUUCUUGACGGUGUUCGCCAGCGAGCUAUCUGUCUACACGCUGACCAUGAUAACGUUAGAGCGGUGGCACACCAUCACCAACGCCAUGCACAUCAACAAGAGGCUGCGGCUGAGGCAUGUGGUGAUCAUGAUGGCUGGAGGGUGGGGCUUCUCCCUAUUGGCCGCUCUGCUUCCCAUCCUGGGGGUCAGCAGCUACACUAAGGUGUCGAUCUGCCUGCCCAUGGACAUCGAGUCCCUAGCCUCCCAGGUGUAUGUUGUAGCCCUCCUCCUCCUCAACGUCGUCGCCUUCUUCAUCGUCUGCUACUGCUACGUACGUAUCUACAUGUCCAUCCACAACCCCGACCUAGCAACCCGCCACGGCGACGCCAGGAUCGCCAAGCGCAUGGCCAUCCUCAUCUUCACCGACUUCCUCUGCAUGGCACCCAUCUCCUUCUUUGCCAUCUCGGCUGGUCUCCGCAUGCCCCUCAUCACCGUCUCCCACUCCAAGAUCCUGCUCGUCCUCUUCUACCCAAUCAACUCCCUCUGUAACCCCUUCCUCUACACCAUAUUUACUCGAGCAUUUCGGAAGGAUAUAUGUCUAUUGUUGAGUCGCUGUAGUUGUUGCAAUGCCAGAGAGGAGUUCUACAGGGCACAGAACCUGGCAACACACACUAUACCGCCUAAGGGUAGGACUACAUCCCCCAGAAAGCCUCACUCUUUCAGGUUCUAUGUCUACCACAUCAAGAUGCAGGGAUGCUUCCUCAGCAAGGGAGGUGGAGUGCGUGACUAGUCUCAGCCAGUCAGAACUAAGGGUACAGCCACAUUGAGAUUUUGGUUGCGUGGCCCUGCUCAGACGUUGCAUCAACCAAUGGCUGCAUGCCACAUCAUCGAUUGUGUCGUCAACUGACAGAUCGCUGUAACAUAUGUGGUUAGCUAAUACGUAAAAUGCCUAUCCAGACGUUGUAAGAUGUGGCAUGCGUCAGCAACGCCUGGGCAGAGAACACACCCUGAAAAUUCCAGAUUGAGCCAAUGGUUUUUCAAUGGGAGUCAUCCGUUGCCGGAUGAAUGACAACAGAUUGUCUGUCAAAAAUACACAAAGCAUUCAAUUCAAAAAGUAGAGAGGAGUUAAACUUUUGAUGAAGAAAAACGGACAAUGAUGUAUGUCAUAUACAAUUUCAUCCUUGAUUAUGCAUCUCCUUGUUCAGGCCCUGUGAUAGGCUAGCGUCCUGUCCAGGGGUUGUACUGUACAUUAAGCUGCCUCACACUACAGAAAUAAGAGAGGCUCCUGCUCCUAUGAGCUUUUCCGGCUUGCACAAGCCACGCCUCAAUGUGGCCAUAGCCUUAAUCUCUGCUGUAACAAGGUGAUUGAGCAUCUGUGCCCCUCGCUUGUCGAUUAUGGCAGCCCCCCGAUUAUGGCA